GGGUGUGGGCAUGUGUAUUGUGUAUUGUGUAUGCGUAUGUGUAUGUGUAUAUGUAUAUGUAUAUAUUUAACUUUACUUUUGAAAAGAUCCAAGCAUCAACCAUACUUGUCUCAUCCUCUCAAUCUCUCCGUCUUUCGAACUCUCCGUCUCUCAAUCUCUCAAUCUCUCAAUCUCUCAAUCUCUCAAUCUCUCAAUCUCUCAAUCUCUCAAUCUCUCCUCCGUUCCUAUUCAACCUCUUUUCAUGUCAUAAUAUUCUCUCUCUCUGAUAUUCAACAAUCAAUCAAUCCAUCCAUCCAUCAUCUUGCUUACCCCGCAAAAACAAGAACCCAACCAUCAUCCUCUCUCAGCCCACCCACCACCCCCGUCGCCGCGCAUCCUCUUUGCCACGAUAAGGAUUUAUUAAUUCAAAUAUCAGAAUAAUUCCCUCGCGCUCUCUUCCUUGCAAUGACGGGUGUGCCAACCUAAAAUCAGCUGAAUAUUAUAAUCGUGCCAACGAAAUCAUGGCUGUGCUAACGCAGAUGAUUGCCAAGAGGCAAAGCAAUGACUUUGGUGAUGAUGUUGCUAAUAACUGCGAUUACUAUGGAAACUGUUAUUCGACAUGGGGCAGUUGGGGACGAUGGGUGGUACUGGUUCUUAUAAUUCUUGCCUUUAUUCUUCUGGCUUUCGGUUUAUCAUGCAUCAACUCCCGUCGUCGUCGUCGUCAAGGCAUCCAACCAAUGUAUGGUACAGGCUGGAUGGCCAAGCCACCUCCAUAUGGUCAGUACAACCAACCUGCACCUUACAACUAUGGACCUCCUCCUCCCAUGUACACUGCAAAUGGACAAAUCCCACCCCAACAAACCGGCAACACUUUCAAUAGCAAUGACGGAUAUUACGGUCAUCAUGGCCAACAUGGUCAACCAGAUAUUGAAUUGCAACAACCACCAAAUGCCUACACGAGAGGCGGGGAUGAUGUUUAUCAAGCACCAAUGGGUCCACCACCUACAAAACACACCGAGGGAGAUGGAAUCGUCCGAUAAAUCAGAUGAGAUGAAGCUUAGACGUUCGUUGUUUGGGGAUGUCCGGGUUAGGGGCACUUCGCUUGCGCAGUGGUGAAGCGAUUGGUGGGGAUUGCAAUUGUUAUGAUGCCAUUGCAACGACGCGCAAGUGGGGGGUAUGAAAUGAUGGGGAUGAUGAAAAGAAGUAAGGAAUGAUGGAUUGGAAUUAGUCGUUUUAAGAUCAUAUUGAUGUCGGUUUGGGUUCGGGCUCGGGGUUGGCUUUGGUGCUAGGUAAUCUGUAGGGGAGGGAGUUUGGACCGGGUCUUGCCAGUUUGGAGGUUUCCUAUCAAUCAAUGGCAAUGGCAAUGAAUCAAUGCAUAAUUUAGGGAUGAAGGGAUUGGGAAUGGUAAAUGAAUAGAAAUACACGAUUUAUCAUAUUCACUUUUCGGUUGUGUGUAUGUUGUAUUGUUGACUGACGUGUGAUGAGGUGGGAUGUUCAUUGUGAUGUCGAACUUUGGAAUGAAUACACGCACGACAUGUAUAUGUAUCUUGUGACAUGGAAAAUAUAGAUGAGAUAUACACAAUAUGUUUGAAAUGGGAUUCUCA